GAAGCUGCCGCCGAGCGGCAUCAGCCUGUCGUCGGCUACCGUGCCCGGCCCCGUUUCUCUCCGCUCGCCUGCCGCGCCGUGUCAGGUGCCGCGGGGUGGGCAGUGCGCCUGUGCGGCGGCCACUGGGCGCCGCGGACCGGAGCGGCGGCAGCAGGAGGCGGCGGCGGCGGUGGCCACCGGCAGACGAAGAUGGCGGAGCCGGGGGCUGCGCGCAGCUACCCGCGGGCGACAGCCUUUGAUGGAUUUCUGAAAACUGAUGAAAGACAGAGACUGGCAAAGGAGAGAAGAGAAGAAAGGGAGAAAUACCUCGCUGCUAGGGAACAGCAGAUACUGGAGAAGGAGAGAAGAGCCAAACUUCAAUAUGAAAAGCAAAUGGAGGAGCGAUGGAAAAGAUUGGAGGAGCAGAGGCAGAGGGAGGAGCAGAAGAGAGCAGCUGUUGAAGAAAAAAGGAGACAAAAGCUUAAAGAGGAGGAGGAACGUUUAGAAGCCAUGAUGCGUCGAUCCCUUGAACGCAGCCAGCAACUGGAACAGAAGCAGAAGCGAUGGUCGUGGGGAGGAGCACUAGCUGCAGGCUCAGGAGGGAGAGAUGGUGAAUCAGAAAAUACCCCACCCCCUGUUCUAGGUUUAGCUGCCAACACCCUUCCUCCAGACCCUGUGACCUCUACUGCUCCUGCUGAUUCCCUCAAUGCAUGUGACAAACUUUCAGCUUCUACAAUGAAUCUGCCAAAGCAAAUGGAAUCGCCAAUCAGUAAGCGCCUCUCCUCCUCCACAGCGGCCAUAACACAUUCCCCCGACAGAGUAUUCCAUAUCUGUCCUCGUGUAGCACCAGCUAGUCCUCUUAAAUCUCCCUACAAGAAUUCCCCCACCCGAAGCACUGACAGAAAGAAAGCAACUUCACCCUCCACUUCCAAUGUCAUGAAAGGGGCAGCUGUAGCUGAAGUUACUCAGACGGAGAAGAUAAAGAAAGAGAAGCGACCUGCAACACCUGGUUCAUCAUCUGGCAUGGGAUCUCCUCUAAGAAGGUCUGAUUCUCCUGCUGCCAUGUCCAGAAGAUCUGCAUCACCUGCAACACCUAAGGCAGUUGCAAAGACUUAUCCUCAGUCUCCUAAAAGCACUAAACAAUAUCCAGCUUCUCCUGUGAAGCAUCGUGCCACUUCUAAUCUCAACCAGGAAACUCCUAAAAAGAAAGUAGACAAGGAGAAAGAAAAUGUCAGUCAUCCAAAAUCCCCAGGAGCACACACUGAUGAGGCAGGCCAAGUGGCUUCUGAGAAACAUGUCCCUUCUGCAGGAAAGACUGAAAAUGUUGAAGGGAAGAUCAUGGUAGGAACAACUGAUGCAGAAGAAGCAGCAAAAAUUCUAGCUGAAAAAAGACGACAGGCCCGCCUGCAAAAGGAGCGAGAAGAAAAAGAGAGACAGGAGAGAGAAGAACGGGAGAGGCUUGAAAGAGAAGAACAGAAAAGAAAGGCAGAAGAAGAAAGACUUCGUCUAGAGGAAGAAGCUCGUAAGAAGGAAGAGGAAAGAAAACGUGAGGAAGAAGCAGCUAGGAAAAAGGCAGAAGAGGAAGCCAGAAAAAGAGCUGAGGAAGAACAAAUGCUAAAGGAAAGGCAAGAAAAAGAGCUCCAGGCCAAACUUGAGAAACAGAGGGAAGAAGCAGAAAUCAAAGCCCGUGAGGCAGCUGAGCAGCUUCGUCUUGAAAGGGAGCAAAUCAUGCAGCAAAUUGAGCAAGAAAGGCUGGAGCGGAAGAAGAGAAUAGAUGAAAUAAUGAAGAGAACAAGGAGGAGUGAAACACCAGAAAUAAAGAAGGAAGAGACAAAACCGGAGGUACCAUCAACUUUGAAUGUGGAAAGGCAUCCAAAGGCCCUUGUUCUCAACCAGCCAGAGAUCAAUGGAUUGGCAACCUGCCUGAAAAAUAAAAGUUUAGAAAGUGGUGCCCCUGUAAUCCCUUCCCAAGAUGUAGUUGCUAAUGGAUUAAAGUCAGCCCCAGGAUUUAUUCAGCCGGAAGCUGUUAACGGGAAGUCUAACAGCAUGGAAGAUUCAAUGGAUGAGGUUCAGUCCAUGGAUGUGAGCCCAGUUUCAAAAGAAGAACUAAUCUCUAUCCCUGAAUAUUCACCCAUGAAUGAACUCAUGCCUGGUGUUUCUUUGGAUGAGAAUGGGACAAGUAAUGCCAAGGCUCUUGAAGAUCUCUUGGAUUUCACAGGCCAAGCUACGUACUCCAAGAUGUCCAGUGAUACCAUUAGCCUAGAUGACUGUAACAAGAACUUAAUUGAGGGAUUUAACAGUCCAGGACAGGAAAAUACACUUAAUUCUAUCUGUUGACAACCUCACUUUUCAGCAGAACAGAUAAAGAGGUAGCAAUUUGUGGAGGAGCUAUAUCCCAGUGAUGCUACUGGCAGUAAAAUAUGAGCUUGUCACUUGAAAGAGCUUCUGCAGUCCUUGAGCACUGGAUUUCAAAUAAUCAGAGCUGACUACAACUGUGUCUUCCCAGGGAAUAUGUUGAAUAACUGGCUGCUUUUGGUAGAAACCAGUGAUCUAGAGGCGUGAUGGUUUCAGGGAAGACUCGAGUGUGCAUUAGAAUUUGAGCUUUAGCUGCUAAUAAAGCACUUACUACUACUUUUAAUUUAAAACUCAUCUCAACACCUCACUGUGACACCUGUGCAUUUUAUUUUUGAAAUAGUUUUUCCCUCAGCUUUAUCAUUCAUCCAUUUAAACGUCUUUUUCUUGUAAAUAAUGAUGAGUUUUGCCCACAGUGCAUUGAAAUGAAAUAAUAUACUGGACGUUAGUUUUGUGCCUAUCUUUUUUUGUCUUUAAUAAGGAGUUAUUGGCAACUCUUAUGCAGGUGUAUAAUUCAAAACUAUACCUGAAGAGGCUUAAGAUGUACAACUUCUGGAAUCAGAAGAACGUUUUCACUGACUGUGGAGUGUGGGAGCUAUCCUGUUAUGAUUAUAUUGACACUUCUAGUCACUAGUAGCACUUACUGGUUAAUAUUAAUUAUUUCAGGAGCGACUGUCAGCUAUGUGUUUAAAAAUAUACUUGUGUAACACCUGUAAACAAUGUAGGCAAAACGCCUGGUGUAAUCCUUUUAUAUAUAUAUAUAGUAUAGUUGUAGUAGAUCCAAGUGAUGAGUGGUCAGGGGGCUGAGAUUAUAUGUUAAUCUUUGAAGAUGCAGACACUUGAUUAAUACCAGCGGGCUUUCUAUCAUGUGGAGAAGUAUUUUGUCUUCCUGUAGGCUCUACAAAACAAGAUUCAGUCAGCAGCAAAACAGCAUCUGAAUGUUGCAGCAGAAAUACAAAGGCCAAGGCACACAUGGGGAACGCUUGUAGCCCCCUUAACAUUCUCUAUGCAUAUGUAUGGAAAAAGUCACAUUGAGAUGUAUAAUAUCUAGCCAUUAUGUGCCAUACAGUACUAACUUUAUUUCUGCAGGUGAACUAAGAUAACUUUAUGCUGGAUCUUGUGCUGCUUUGAGAACACUUUUGCCCAAUUCCAUAUAAAAAUAAACUAUAAAUACAGCUCUCUUCAGACACUAACACAAAACUUGGGGGGUGGGUUUCUUUUUUGCUUGGUUUUUUUUUUCCCACUAGUAAGGGGGUUCACAGUAUAGCUUGAGCUCAGUUAUAGCCCUGUUCUUGUGCUCUUUAAAGCCAGCAAUGGGAAAGAAACCAAUGACAUCAUGUGUGAUGUGUAAAGAAAUCAUACCUACAGCAAUCAAGCUCUGUUUAUGUUAGUGUACUUCAGAGAAAUACUUUCUUUUGACUGUGCAGUAAGCUGUAGCAUGGUACUAUGUCUUCCAAAUUAGCCCUUCAUCUAUUCCCUGAAUAGUAAACAAACAAAACCAGUUUGUUUUGCUAUGAUACAUUUUGUUUGAUGAAUGUCAUAUUUUAUUAUGGUGUCAUUGUAUAACCUGUAGAUUUCUGUAUUUGCAUGACCUGUAUAGCAUGUAUAAAGGUGAAAUACAUUUUCAUUUAUGAAUCUAA